GCGGCACACACACGGCAGGCGGCAGGCGGCAGGCAGCAGGCGGCAGGCGGCAGGCAACAGGGAACGGGCAACCAGCGGCAGGUGGCAGGGGGGCAUGGGGGGCGACAGCGACCGCACUGGCAAGGUGCAGGAGCGGUUAGCGCGAAGGGUGAAGGGUGGGGAGUUUUACGAGGCACAGCAGCUCUACAAGAGCCUCGCUACAAGGUACUCCUCGCAGUUCAAGUACGAGGACGCCAUGGCGCUGCUGCAGUCAGGGGCGUGUGUGCAGUUGGAGCACGGGCAGGUGACCAGUGGCGGGGAGCUCGCUCUGCUGCUCACCGACUUACUCUCCUCCACCGAGACGCCCUGCUGGGAGGACUCCCUGGAGCGCAUCACCGCAGUGUACACCAGCUUCCCGCGCUCAACCGACCCAUCAGGUCUGCUCCCGGGUGAAUCCGAGGAGGCGGCCAGGCUCAGAGUGGACGGGUGCAAGCGCUUCCUCAGAGCUGCGCUCAAGUGGUCAGCCCAGUUCCCCGAGAUGCUAUCAGCCCCAUCCAGCCCCCAGGCGCAAGCAAAGCCCUCAUCGCCCACAGCGUCCUCCCCCGCCGCCCUGGCCUCCCUGGGCUCGCCGGCCAUUCACCUCAUGCUCGCCCACUGCCUCUCGUCCCAGCUGCCUCCUCAUAAACGGGACUAUGCAGCGGCGUUCUUCCACUUUGUGUACUCGGACGACCCCGCCCUCUUUGCUCACAGCCUGGCGGAAUACGCACAGCAGUGCUACCUCGGCGAGAGGGACCUCGUCAUUGCCAGGGCUGUGCUCCAGUGUCUGGCGGCAGGGCGACUGCAGCAGGGCAAGCAGCUCUGGCACGACCUCAAAACGAAGCAGGCAGGCAUCUGGGGAGCGGAUGACCAUGCUGCUGGUGAUGAUGGUGCUGAUGCUGAUGGUGCUGCUGACGCUGCUGCUGCUGUGGACAGUGGUGCUACUGAAGACAGAGCUGGUGCUGCAGCUAGCAAGUGGCAGGAGUCUCCCCUCUUGCGUUUCACUGACCUUCUCCUCACUGCAGCUGAUCGCAGGGCGCCAUCACUUUUGUCUCAUCUGCGCCGCCGCUAUGAGCCGUCCCUCCAACGCGACCCUGCCUUCCCUCCUCUGCUAGAUGACAUUGCCUUCCGCCUCUUCGGAGUGCCGCGGCCUGCUGCAGCACCCAACUUCCUAACCGACAUGCUUAAGCUUGUGAUGGGAGAGGAGACACCAGCAUAG